AGCAUCGGCUUGGGACGUGAGCUUAGAAGAUAAUUAGUUUAUAUGCAGUUCUUGAGCAGUUAGGCCAAGGUGUGUCACCCGAGGGAGCUCUCAGAGAAACGUGCGCUGCAAGGCAACUCUACUCGAUAAUAGUGCAGUCUUAACGACUCAAAUCAUGGCGUUGAUAUCCAACAAAAUUGUAUCCGAUUCUGGAAAUCAUGGAUAACGAGGACAUUGAUUGAGGCUGAAGCAAAAAAAUGUCAAAUCGAUGUAUUUAGGACAAUGCGUACUAUCAAUGUUUGAAGGCGGUAUUUUCAUUAAAAUCAUCCUACAUUUUGAAAAUCCAUUGGUGGCAAAACGAUGUGGGUUAAUGUAUCGGGAAAUGUGAAGUGACAUUUGUCUUUGAUAUAUCCAGAGCAACGCACUCUCUACGACGUAACUGCACGGUAACAACGCGUGACGGUGGAGGUGGUCGACUACGGAACAACCAUAGUGAAGAUCAACAUCCAGAGAAGUUCUGGGAGCGCUGCGAGCCGAGCGGUUACCCUGAUGAGAGAGAGAGCAAGCCACUGAGGCGAGUAGAGAAGCUCCACUCGAGUGACUCUGGUAGGUUGACCCUGAGCGGAGAAUACGCCGUGCUUGUCAGUCCGGUGUGAAGUGUGGCGGUGUGAGGAGUUUAGCUGCACUCCACUGCUGGUGUGGAGUCGGUAUAUAGACAGACGGAGAGAGCCAUUCAUCAUGAGUUGAUAUGUGAAGCAAGCAAUGCCUCGUUGUAGACGGAAACUUUCUGUUAUAGUGUGUGUCAUCUGUACAUUUGUACUCUGUCUCAACACUUUGAUUGUCCUGAGACUAUCCAACACUGCCACCCUCGCGGAGGGGGGUGGGGGCAGUCAUCCCCACCCCGUACAGGACUUCGGGGACUCGGCCGGUUUGGCCCACCUGCCUGCAUGGCGGAAAAGACUAAACAAGAGCAACUAUACCAGCGACACUAGUCCGGAGGGGGAGGGUGUUGGGGUGGGCGACCACGAACCCUAUAGACUCAACUAUAUGCCCCAACAGAAGGCAAACGAGCGAGAUCCAGAGAAACCUUUAAAACACGUGCAAGAAAACAACAGUGUCAGUUCGAACCCAAGGACGUUCAAAUCUAACUAUUCCGACCAACAACUGGAUAAUUUUCUACGUGUUCUGAAUAGAAUAAACAACGAAAGCUUCCCCUUUUCUACACACGAUGAAGUCCCAUAUUUUAAGUUUUUGCGGAUGUACCGGAAAAGCUCGAGGAGGAAAGGAUUUGGUCUACCUGUUUACAAGAAUUACAAGGGAGUGACGAACUGGGAGCGCUUCCACAUGGGAAUACACCAGUACGGUCUCUACAGCCAGGACGACCACUACAUUGACGACCUGCUCAAGGACCUCGCCACGCUCCCCGUCGUCGAUGUUGAGCAAAAGGAGGGUGGCACCCAGCUGAAGCUUAUCAUGACCUACUCUGACGAGGGACAGGCGUUAUUCAAACCGAGAAGGUUUCCACGGACAUAUGAGACGCCUCCGGACCAUUUCUACUUUGUGGACUUUGAGCGCCAUAACGCUGAGAUAGCUGCCUUCAAUUUAGACAGGCUGCUAGGUUUUCACCGAGUGCCCCCGACGGCCGGUCGCAAGAUCAACAUGACCCACGACAUCAAACGCUUCGCUGACCACAAACUGGUCAAGACCUUCUUCUAUUCCCCAGCGGGCAACGUGUGUUUCCACGGCACGUGUUCCUACUACUGUGACACGACCCACGCCAUCUGCGGCAACCCAGACACCUCGGAGGCGUCGCUCGCAACAUUCCUUCCGCCAGAAAAAAUAGCACCAAGAAAAACAUGGCGGAACCCAUGGAAACGGUCGUACAGCAAGCACCGCAAAGCAUACUGGGAAGUUUACGAUGAUUUGUGCGACAAGGUGAGGAGUCGCCCUCCCUACAACUCUGGUCGUCGGCUCCUGGAUCUCAUGGAUAUAACAGUGUUCGACUUUCUGACAGGCAACAUGGACAGGCAUCAUUAUGAGACGUUUCUGGACUUCGGCAAUGAGACUUUCCUCAUGCACCUUGACAAUGGGAGAUCGUUCGGGAAGACGAAGCACGAUGAGAUGUCCAUCCUAGCUCCCAUCAGCCAGUGCUGUUUGAUCCGCCAUUCCACCUUCAUUAAACUAGUGAAGCUGUACCGAGGCCCCGAGAGUCUGAGCACUGUGAUGAGGCGAGUGCUAGCAGUAGACAUGAUUAGCCCCGUUCUCCUUGACCCCUUCCUGGACUCGCUGGACAGAAGGGUCAUGAAGGUCCUUCAAAUGGUCAUGGACUGUGUCAACCGACGUGGUCAACCGUACAAGUCCGUCAUCGUCGAUGACUUCUUCUAAUGUGGAUGAACGAAUUAUCAAAAAGGUUCAAAGAAGAUGUUCCCUUGAGCAAGGUGUAUCAAAAUGGUUUCUAAACAUUCUAGACAAACAUAUCAGACCAAACACCUUCAGGAUCACUAUUUGUCCCUACGGAGGGCAUACUUCGUGUGGCCAGGCAACUAACCUGUGCAUUAAUCAUGGACAAUGGCCACUUCUUCAACUUUGGGACAAUUCAUUUCAACUUGGAUAUAUACCAUUGAUCAAGGGAUCAUUUUAAUUCAGUCCAGUCAAGUGUUCAACUCAUGUUAUGCUUUCUUUUACAGUGUAAACUAUGAAAGUCUAGUAAGAUGAUAUUAAUAUCAUAUUAUUAUCUGAAAUGAGUCAGAACUACGAAUCAAGCGCUGAUCUCCCUGAAGAGAAACAUUGACUCGUGGAGAUGAGCCGCUAGUUCGCAGAAGCUACAGUAAAAUCCUUCUUUGUGCCGAAGGACUGUCACUCUUUCUUUCAAAAUCCAAAGGACUUCGGCAGCCAUUCUGUGAUCUUAAAAAAACUGUCUUCUGUGACUUCGUGAACAACGACGUAUCUACGUAUGUGUUCCUAUGUGUAACGGACUCUCGCGGUCUCAGUUGUUCAAUCAACAAAUGGUUGUGGCCGUUUGGCGUCUCUCUGUGUCUGUGUUUGUGGUGUCCAGUGGAUCCUCAGAAAUCUAUGGUUAAAAGAAACUGUUCUCUUGCAGUGGUGUAGAGACAAAAUCACCGAGUAUCUAUGUCAUGAUAUCUACGUUCUAUUGUGAUCAGUUCCAAGGACUCAUUCGCCUCCAUAGCCUGGUCGCGGAAGUGACGUCACUAUCUCAAUCGCUACUCUCACUCAUUUAGCACAUACUUUCUCUCGCUUCUGAUUGUAAUUUGAUUGGACGGUUAUGUUAACGUCAUGCUAUGCGAAUUAAACCCAAAUCAAAGCUGUGGUGGCGAAUGAAUCCAGGGUAUCUAUCAUAAUAGAAUGGAGAUAUAAUACUCUGGAUAAACGAGGAUGAUAUAACAUUGACGUAGUCCGUAUAAAAUUCAGAGUAGAGGAACCAAAGUAAGCGUACUACAGAAUCAUCAAUAAUUCAUGUGCCAGUGAAACUGUAAAGAAACCAAACAACUUAAAUCUGUUUAUCUUCCGGUGAGAACUGUAGCAUGUAACAUGUAACAUGUAACAAGUCACAAUCCGGUGAAAAUUCAGCUGGACCUCAUCCCAAAUUGACCACAAUUUAAUAAUUGAAUCAAAAUGGCAAAGUGUGUGCUAUCAAAUGUCACCAUAUUUGGAAACACGAUCUUGUUCAGUUGUAAACGGUGUAUUCCAUUUUGUAGCACCCGGACCAGUCUCUUUCAGCUGACGCGUCCAGACAACUUCCACGAAAAAAAACCUGUUUUCUUCCGUUGCUUUAAUAAUUGUUACCGGAAGUUAACUCAACACUCCGAUUUCAUCGUCAGUCAUUCGUCACAACUCGGCCCGGAAUGACGUCUUGAAUGCUUCAGUCUCUACUUCGUGUGAUGGUCUUGUUCGUGAUGAAACCUUGGGAAAACUGCUGAAUGUAUUGUCAAUAAUUGACUCUCUGGCUUAAAUGUCUCGUACCUUAAUGUAUAUGGUUAAUGAAUUCCUGUGUUUUCUGAAUCAUCAAAAAUUGGUUAUUACUGGUUGUUGAAUACAGUGAAACCUCAAUACCUCGAACUCGACAACUGGACAUAUCCUUGAUGACAAUGUUAUUUUAUGGUGCUGACUGAAUCCUUAUCGGCACUAUGAAGUAACAUAUUCACUUCAAACUACCUAGAUAUAUAUAGAUAUAGAUUUGGAGUUCCCCAGGAUUUCGAGAUAUGGAGAUGUCAUUGUAUUGACAUUUAUUGAGGGAAGUGCUGUGGGCUAUGGUUGGGUUUAACUCUGAUGUUACUGGUGUCUUUAUUUGGAAAUUAUUUAAUCAGGGUUCUGUCUCUACGUAUAAAUCUUCUAUUUUCGUCUAUUUUUAAACCAUUAAUCUAUUUUAAUGCUAUAACUGAUGGGAAUUCGCAUAUAGUGUGGAAUAUGUCAAGCUCAGGUCUCAAUCAUUAGACGAAGGGUAAAUUUUUUUUAAAAAAAAUCAGUAUUUUUACUCGUAUAAUUAAAGCUUGGAACUGUUGAUUGCACAUUUCUAUUUAAAAAGAAAAUGUGAUUAAGUGUUUAAGACUAUAUCAACAGUGUCCUUAUGAACGCACUACAUUUAUUGUUGCAUUUAUGUUAUUUAAGUGUACACUAAGAGCUUAGAUAUGAAUUUGCCAUUAGGGGUAAACGUAUUUUUAUUGGGCAAUUAUUGAUCGCUUGGGCGAGGGACAUCAAUGCAUUUCAACUAAAGAUAACGAGAACCUUAAUUUGGCAUGUUCAAUUCAAUAUUACCAUAUCCAACUGAAAGUGAUUAGUUCAUUUGUACGGAAGCCCAUCAGGACCAUGUCAUGUUAGUAUUAUCUUGACAAUUCAAGGUAGUAACUUGAAAAUUAAGUUCAAAAUUCUUAACUUGUUAUCUUGAAAACGCAAGUUAUAAAAUUGAAAAUUAUCUUAUACUAUCUGGAAAAAUCAAGUUAUUAAGUGAAGAAUUCAAGAUGUACUGCAAUCAACAAAUGAAGUUCCCAAGGCUUCAUUUUGUGCUCUGAGCUGUUACUGUUGACAGACAAGAACUUUUUUUCAAGAUAAUUUAUUUUAAUUUUGUGGCCCUAAUGAGUUUCCGUACAUUUGACAGUAAAAUUGGUUUCAUUAUUUUGUAAUGUGUCAUGCAGUGGCUGCAAUGGUUGAUAAUUGAUUGAAUGUGUUUAUAAGACUUACCCGCAAUGUUUCAUAGACUGUCAGCAAAAGAAGUGGUUAUUUCAUUUCAUUUCUAUGGUAACAUUGACACGUGAUACAUGUCAGUAUCAUAUGUCAAUCACGGCGACCGUGGGACAUUAUCGCAGUGUGUAUGUGCUGUCUCCAUGUGCCUACGGAUAAAAUGCAUAUAUAUUUUGUGAAAUAUUUUCCUAGACGUGUAAAUGAUUGUAAGAAGCGGUCGACGUGCAAACACGUGGUGCACACAUUGUACGGCAAUCAUCUGUGAUAUUAGACCUGCAAGACGUGUUUGUUGUACAUAUAUUUAUAUACAUUCCUUGAACAUGCAUAGAGGUCGUCUUUACUGUGCGAAAUAGCGGAAUAUGAUGAAAGUGUUGGGGUUGAGAAUUAAGCUGUUGAAAUGUAUGUACACGUUCAAUUCUGUUUCAACAAUCUCCCAGUGCUGCUGUUGAAAUUUAUAUUGUACUAUUUCGUACAGUAUUACAAUUUUACAUAGUCAUCUUGUGAAUUGAUUGGAAUUGUGUGACAAAUAUUGCUGAGAAAACUUACUUAAGGAAUUUCAUAUUUCAUUUUUGCUGAUGCAUUUUGCAACAACUUUGUAUUAUAUGAACUAAAUUUAAAUUUGGCUGUUCUCUAAGAACUGUUCAAAUGCCUUUUACAAUUUUUAUUUUUAGGACAUGCUUUAACGAAUAAAUUUGACUUUGCCGUUUUAGAAAUACAUAUCGAAUAAUCAUGCUAUUUUUGUCAUUUUUAGGACAUACUUUAACGAAUAAAUUUGAUUUUUUCACUCUUAAAAAUACGUAUCGAAAAAUAAUGCCAUUGGCAAAUUUCAUUUUUGUGUUAUGAUUUAGUAAUUCGUAUUAUAUGAAUUAUUUUAUUAUAUGAAUUUAUUUUAUGACAUUAUUUUAUAAUAUUGACCUAAGAAGCCAUAAACCAAGUGACAGUGAGCACAGGCUUCAGUUAAACCGAAUUGUAAUAGAGAGUGUUUGACACACACUUCCUGUCACGUAAGAGUAUGGAAGGCCAGUUCUGUAAAAUGUGAUGGCUUUAGUGAGCGCAGUAAUGCAUUGUUCACUUAAUGCAUGAGUGGUAAGAAAUACCCUUCACGUGUUGACUAGUAUAAAUGUCCUAUAGCUAUGAACACGCAGGGGCGUCUAUGGUAUCAUAAUGUACGGACGGCCAGAUGUAAUACAUUUGACCAUUGGCAAUAUCAAUAGGUGACCGUUACUGGUCAGUAUUAGGGAAAACAAUGGUUGGCUGACGUGGUCAUCAAGGUUAAUAUGGCGAUCAUUCCAGUCAUCUCAUGUAAUAAAAAAUUCAAAUAAA